AUGUUAGGUGGGCCCGUGAAGCUGCUUCUCCUUGUUGUAAAGCGGCUCUCUGGUCUCAUGCUUUCAUGUGCGAUGCGGUAUCAAGUUGCUUGUGUAUGGCAAAUCAGUGCCCCACAGCCACCACGCAGGCCAACCCCCACACACUACGGCUACCCCAUCUCUGUGGAGGCAAGAAAAGAAGCAAUUGUGUUUUCUUGA